AUACGUCGUGAAAUAAGAAAGUGUUGCGGCAGUACUGGCGGAAGCUAGCCUUGUGUUUUGCGGCAGCAAUAUGAGCUAGGUCCGGAUCCUGCUAGACACCGGCGGGCGCGGGCCGUUGCAGUUCUCUUUGGGUGAUCGCUCCUUCCCUCUUCAGCGGAUCCCUCCCCGCCUCCAUCGUCGUCCUGUGGGAGAGACCAGCCUUCUGGUGCUGCGGUCAGGAAUGGAGCUUGACAGCGCUCUGGAAGCCCCAUCGCAGGAAGACUCUUCUUUGUCCGAGGAGUUGUCUCACUCCGCCCUUGGACAGGCCUUCUCCAAGAUUUUACACUGUCUUGCCCGCCCGGAGGCACGACGAGGCAACGUAAAAGAUGUAACUCUUAAAGGCCUCGGUGAUCUAAUAGAAGCCACCGAAUUUGAUAGGUUAUUUGAGGGGAGUGGUGCUCGGCUUCGCGGAAUGCCAGAGACACUGGGGCAGGUGGCAAAAGCCCUGGAGAAGUAUGCAGCCCCCCGCAAGGAGGAGGAAGGUGGAGGUGAUGGGCACUCCGAAGCGGCCGAGAAAGCAGCCCAAGUUGGGUUACUGUUUCUUAAGCUGUUAGGGAAAGUUGAGACUGCUAAGAAUUCCCUGGUCGGCCCUGCAUGGCAGACGGGCCUGCAUCGCUUGGCAGGACCCGUUUAUAUUUUUGCCAUCACACACAGCUUGGAGCAACCAUGGACCACUCCGAGAUCUCGGGAGGUUGCUAGGGAGGUGCUUACCUUACUGCUUCAAGUUACUGAAUGCGGUUCUAUGGCAGGAUUCCUACAUGGAGAAAAUGAAGAUGAGAAAGGCAGACUUUCGGUGAUAUUAGGGCUUCUCAAACCCGACUUGAAUAAGGAAUCCUGGAAGAAUAACCCUGCCAUCAAACAUGUUUUCUCAUGGACUCUGCAACAGGUCACUCGGCCCUGGCUGAGCCAGCAUCUGGAAAGGGUACUUCCCGCAUCAUUGCUCAUUUCAGAUGAUUAUCAGACUGAGAACAAAAUCCUGGGUGUACACUGUCUCCAUCACAUUGUGCUUAAUGUGCCAGCUGCUGAUUUGCUCCAGUAUAACAGAGCCCAGGUCCUAUACCAUGCCAUUUCCAACCACCUGUACACGCCAGAGUACCACCUCAUUCAGGCUGUGCUCCUGUGUCUGCUGGAUUUAUUCCCCAUCCUAGAGAAAACCCUGCACUGGAAAGGAGAUGGAGCUCGACCCACCACCCAUUGUGAUGAGGUCCUGCAGCUGAUCCUGACCCACAUGGAGCCAGAGCACCGCCUUCUUUUACGCAGGACCUAUGCAAGAAACCUGCCAGCUUUCGUGAAGAGGUUGGGGAUCCUAACUGUCCGGCACUUAAAGAGGCUGGAGAGAGUCAUCAUUGGUUAUCUGGAGGUUUACGAUGGACCUGAGGAGGAAGCUAGAUUGAAGAUAUUGGAAACCCUAAAACUUCUCAUGCAACAUACUUGGCCCAGAGUUUCCUGCAGACUUGUGGUCUUACUGAAAGCUCUCUUGAAACUGAUUUGUGAUGUAGCAAGGGAUCCAAACCUUACACCUGAGUCUGUUAAGAGCGCCCUGCUACAGGAGGCCACAGACUGCCUGAUUCUCCUGGACCGCUGUUCUCAAGGAAGGGUAAAGGGUCUCCUGGCCAAAAUUCCCCAAAGUUGUGAAGACAGAAAAGUGGUGAACUGUAUCAGAAAAGUGCAGCUGGUUUCUGAAGGUGCUCCCUAUGAUGGAACUUAAGACUUGUAUUCACUUUCCCAAGAGGAAAGGAUUUUCUUCCCAUCCCAGUUUGUAUGAAUGGAGUUAUUUAAGAAAAAAAGAUAUUUUUACAUGAAACUUUGUAAGUGAAAGCUGCUUUUUCCUUCUUUCUUUCCUUUUACCUCCAUAAGAGUAGGGAAAGUAGAACAAGAAAAAAAUGAACUCCUUCCAUUUCUAAAUAAAGUUUGGGAGAAAAAAGGACACCAAGGAAUGUAGCAUUUAAAAUUCAGAAAUAUUUACAUCUGUCAUCUCAUCCCAGAUUCAAGAACUCAUCUGUUAAGUUUCUCGGGCACAAGCUGUUACUUCAACACAUAUGCUAUAAAAACACUCUUGUUCACAACUUAGCUUUCUUCACUCACUCCAGAUUUCUUGCCCCACUGAUGUGGCAUAAAUAAUAAAAACACAAAUAUUGUGUUCAAUACAACAGAAAAGAGCAAAAACUGGAGGUGUGUAUGUGUUUAAGAUAAAAAAAAGAAACAGUUCUGCAUGUUCAGUCCUGGGUAUAAAUGCUGAAAGGGAAAUCACGUGGUUUUGGCCUUGGCCACGGGCUCUGUCUCCUGCUCAUAUUCUAUUUCCACAUAGGCUCGUUUUCUCCGCAGUGGUCCUCUCAAGGGCGUUUUGCCUUUGUGUUUCGCACUAAGGGCCUUUUCUUCCUCCUCCUCACUGGAGGAUUUACCAUCCUGAUCUUCAUCACUGCUGGCAUCCAGUUUAUCCAUAUCCUAAUACGGGGAGAGAAAAGAUAAAGGAAGAGGGAAAACACUAGAUUUCUCCAAACUCCCUUCAUUGUCCCUUCAAUUUAGAACAGACUAGGGCAUUGAUUUGUCUAUGUCUGUGUUCAGAAAUCGUCCCUUUUUUUUUUUUUUUUUUGAGACAGGGUCUUGCUCUGUUGCCCAAGCAGGAGUGCAGUGGCAUAGUCAUGGCUCACUGCAGCCUCAAACUGCUGUAGUCAAGCAGUCCUCCCACCUCAGCUUCCUGAGUAGCUGGGACUACAGGCAACCACCACCACAUCUAGCUGAAUUUUAAUUUUUUUUUUUUUUUUUGAGAUGGAGUCUUGCUCUGUUGCCCAGGCUGGAGUAUAGUGGUGUGAUCUCAGCUCACCGCAACCUCCAUCUCCUAGGUUCAAGUGAUUCUUCUGCCUCAGCCUCCCAAGUAGCAGGCAUUACAGGCAUGUGCCACCAUACCUAGCUAAUUUUUGUAUUUUUAGUAGACAUAGGGUUUUGCUAUGUUGGCCAGGCUGGUCUCGAACUCCUGACCUCACGUGAUCCGCCCACCUCGGCCUUCCAAAGUGCUAGGAUUAUAGGUGUGAGCCACCGCGCCUGGCCAUGAUUUUUAAAAAAUUUUAGGCCAGGCCCUGUGGCUCACGCCUGUAAUCUUAGCACUUUGGGAGACUGAGGCAGGCAGAUUACCUGAGGUCUGGAGUUCUAGACCAGCCUGGCCAACAUGGUGAAACCCCGUGUCUACUAAAAAUACAAAAAUUAGCCGGGUGGAGUGGCACAUGCCUGUAAUUCCAGCUACUUGGGAGGCUGAAGGAGGAGAAUUGCUCGAACCCGGGAGGCUGAGGUUGCAGUAAGCCCAGAUCGUGCUAUGGCACUCUAGCCUGAGCUACAGAGCGAAACUUCAUCUAAAAAAAAAAAAAAAUUUUUUUAUUAGAGAUGAGGUCUCACUGUGUUGCUCAGGCUGGUCUCGAACUCCUGAGCUCAAGCGAUCCUCCCAUUUUGGCCUCCCAAAGUACUGCAAUUAUAGGAGUGAACCACGGUGCCUGGCCACCUCCCUGUUUUUUUUUUCUUUUUUGCUGCAGGCCAAAGGACAAUCUUUUUACCCAUAAAGCUCACCUCAAAAUCACUUAUGUCACUCUCAUCUACCUCAUCAUCUUCGACAAAUUCUCUUUUCCCCACAUCCUAUAAAUAAAACAUAACUGUUAGGUUCAGAAUACAUAAUGAAGAUUCAGAUUAGACAUCUAAGUAAGUACAAAAUAACAUAAUGAGAACCACAGUCUUUUUGCUAGGCAACGAAAAUUUAGUUCUUCCUAAGUUUAAUGCUUCUGAAUUUUAAAAAUUUUAGGGCUACCAGAUCAUUCUUAUUCUUGAUUUAAAUUAUUAGCAAUAAAACAUCCUCAUUAUGGUUAAAAACUAGAUACAGACAGGAAAGGCUUUAUAAUUUGUCACCUUGCAGGAACAAUUUUAGAAGACCAAUAAAUUAAGACUAAAACUGUUAAUGGUUUGUUGGUUAGCCUGAAGAACACAGCAACCAGUGCUAAACCAAAAUUAAUCACGUGAAAGAAAAAAGAAGACAUAUCAUUUUUGGUUAGCGGACUAAAGAUGAUAUUCUGUUUCUCAGUUAUAUACAAAUAGUAUCUAGUAGGUUUGGCAAAACAAAAACAAGACUUACUUCCUCAUCAUCAUCUUCAUCAUCUUUUUCCUCAGCAUCUGAAGAGUCACUCUCUGCCUCCUGUUGUUCCAGGGCCUUGUCGAAGGCAUGAAUGGGGAAGUUGUAGAUGUCGCCAUACUGAAGAACAUAAACACAGAUUGGCUUUAACUACAUUUGGAUAUUACACUUGAAGUUCCACAAUCUAUAAAACCCAUGCAUUGGGACAAAUGUAAUUUUGCUGACAAGGGGAAAUAAUAAGGAAAAAGCAUACUUUAGUCAUGUUGUGUGUAUAAACAACACUAAUUUUUAAAAAGAGAAUAAAAACUUAUUUCAAAGA